GUUACAUGGAAAACCUUGCCAUUGCUGAAAGGGUAAAACAGUAGUAAGAAUUAGAGAGCGUGUAUACCACCAGGGGGCUUAGGGCUCAUAGCAAGAGUGGAGGAAGAAGAGAGGGAGAGGGAGAGGGAGAGGGAGAGAGAGAAUGAGUGCGACGGGGUUGGCGGCCACCUAUCUGGCGAGGAGGGCUGCUCAGAAAGAGAGAGUGAGGAUAUUGUAUCGCAGAGCCCUAAAAGAUGCGCUCAACUGGGCCGUUCAUCGCCACAUUUUCUACGAAUCGGCACAGGAACUGAGAGAUAAAUUUGAGGCAAAUAGAUAUGUGGAAGAUCUUGACACAAUCGACAGGAUGGUUGAUGACGCUGAGGCAACCUUCAACAAGAUGCAGCACCCGGAUCCUUAUAUUGUUCCUUGGGCUCCUGGUGGUUCAAAGUUCACAAGAAAUCCUGCUCCUACUCCUGGGUUGCACAACUUAUCAAUGCUGCUACCACUAAGACUACUACCACUGCCACACUACUACAAAAGCUACUACGACCACAAUUACUGCCUAUGUUUCUCACUUGAUAAAUCUGAUGAAGUUCCAGUUGGACAUUGGGUUUCUGGUAAAUGGUGGGACCUUAAGAUUGAAAUUGUCUACGACUAUGGUCUGGAGGAGAAGCAGGAGUUGUGAAGUGGUCAUCCUGUUAAGUGCUUCAGUAAACCCAUAAAGUUUAUGGUCAAUGUUUCACUGUUCUUUGGAACAGCAAAUGUUUUGUUAAUGUUAUUUUGUACUUUCUCAUUACAAGUAAUAUUCAUACUUCACUUACUCUUCAUUAUAUGAGCUGCUUCUCCGACAUGCAUAAUCUGCUCUGUGUAGGCCUGUUUAAAAAGAAAUAGAUGCUUGCUUUGAACUGGGAUUUAAUGAAAUGGGAGAUGAAUUGCGUA